AUGGAUAUGCGUCACGCUGAAGUCCGCGGGGGACGCUCCUCGCCUCAGCCUGGCCCGUUUGGGUAUGCCUUUCUCUCAUCGAUGGAUACUCCCUUUGAACCCGCCCCGGCGCCACCUCCCGGACCGGCGCUUCUCGACGAUAACGAGUCGAGCAUGCUCGACACCUUUUUCACUACGAUGAACUCGAACCAGUUGGAUAUGGGUGACUUUUGGCUGGGCAGGCAACAGAACAAAUCCCUGGGGGUCUUCAACCUCGAAUGGUCGGACGAACUGCCACCCACGUUUGAAGGGUCGACAACGUCACUCCCCCAGCCCACCUUUGCGCCGCCGAAUCUCGAGAAAAGCAACUUUGGGUUAUUGUCCAAUACUAUGGGUACAAGCUCCGAUAUUCUCGCAGCCGCGUCGAUGCUUUAUCAUCAAGGCAUAAAUGGAGCCGAUUUUGGGCCUGCCUUUCAGCAUCAAACACUUCCUAGCCAGGGAAUCAUAGACGCCAACGACCAGCAUUAUAGGCAGAAUGGGGUUGGGAAGUCUGCACAACCUGAAAACCGUCCUGUACUCAAGGAUUCUACCCCUCAGUCAGCGCGUCCACGCGUACCGGUGGGAUUUCACACUACAGAUAUGCGAUUUGAUAUCCAUCAAGCUAUUCCACUCGAACAGCAAAGUACGACAAAACCGCGUGCACUUCACUGGGGCUCCGACAUCAGCUUUAUGGACCAAGGGUAUGUCGCCCCUCCUGACCAACCAAAUGAGGAGGACCGGACGAAGGAGCUGUUCAGCAAUAUGGAUUGGUUCGAACGUCAGAGCAGUACGGCAAACACACGAGCCCCCAGCCCGGAGAGGAUCCUUGGUGCCGAGAAUGCCCAAAGGGUGCCACCGACACCCGACCUCCAGUCCAACGGCUUCAAGACGAGGCCCCGGGUCAGCACGGAGGACCCUUCUCCCCCAAAGAAACGACUAAGGGUUUUAGUCAAGGAAGAGGAAGACGACAGCUCAGAUGGGGAUUCGUCAAGACCAAAAUCCAAAAGAUCCAAAGGCUCCGGGCCUACCAAGUCUGUGCGCACACCGACAGAUGCGACCAGGAGACCUAAAUUGCCGCCGGCAAAGGCGGUACGAGAGAACCUGAGCGAAGAGCAAAAACGGACAAACCACAUUCUCUCGGAACAGAAGCGAAGGAAUCUGAUCCGGCAAGGCUUUGAUGAUCUGUGCCAGCUCGUUCCCAGCUUACGAGGUGGUGGAUUCAGCAAGAGCGCCAUGCUCACCCAAGCUGCCGACUGGCUGGAAGAGGUGCUUCAAGGAAACGAGAUUCUCCGGUCACAACUCGCGGAGCUCAAAUCGAUGAACGGCUUGGUCAUGCCACGAUAG